AUGCCACCAAAAAAACCUCCAUCAAUUAUGUUGUUGUUUUAUGGGAAGGAAAUUUUAUUUAAGCUGAACGGCUUGCGACAUGGCGAGCAAAUAACAACUAGUUCGACGGCAUGUAAUAGCAAAAAGCUGGAAGUGAUCAGCGCUGAGACGCCUCUUCGAGAAAGGGCACUAUGCAAGUUCGAAUACGUUCUUAACUACAAUCCAAGACGAUUACCAGCGGCGCUCACAGAGGUGAAGUGCAGCUGUCAUCGGUCCAAUUCAAAACUCGUGGGCAAACGAAUAUUCGAAUGUGAACAUUUACGGUACCAAGUUCGAGUAUUGAUGUUUGACGACACUUGCAACACAUUCCGAGAGCAUACAGAAACCAUUGCUUUGGCCUGUAUACCGGUGGUGCAGGUAUGA